UUCAUAAGCGCUGCUAAAUCUGACAGGCGCAUGACGUCAAAGUACCGCGAGAGCGAGACGAAAGAAGACUUCCUCCUAUGAUUUCUCGACUCGUUCUCGCGGUACUUUGACGUCAUCUGCAUGCCGGUUCUUGCGGCUCCACAUGAAGUCCAACAAGCCUAGCUCUUUGCUACUAACCAAUGAAACGAGCUAUUGGCAGAACAACGCUUGUAGCCACGCCCCGUUCUUCAGCCGCAGUCAGGACUUUCUUCAGUCAGAAGAGCUGCAGGCUUAUUAGACGGCACAUCAUUCCGCAAAGACGACUAAAGAAGUUUUAUCGAGGAUGUCAGCACAAAGCACGCCUUACCGCCGCCCUCCACCAAUGACAUGCAAAUGUGUUGUCACAUCUACAUCAUCCAGAGCUGCCUCCUAUGAGAUGGAGGGGGAAAGAAUUAAAAUCGCCACCAUCAAAACUAAAACCAUCAGUGUCCUCACUGACGGCCACAGUUCUUUUUUGGCACCGACUGAUGGGGUCAUCCCUCUUUUUGAAGAGGGGGAAACAUAUGUAAUUAAAGGCCAUUCGACAUCCAUUAAGUAUGGAAGAAAGUGCCUUUUUAUUGGGCCAAACACAAAAAAAUAUUUAGCCCCCCCACUCGACCUAACAGAUGAGGCCGAGCAAAAGGCAAGAGACACCCUGACAUUUCCAUCAACUAUGAUGACUGGGGAAGAGGAGGAUCUAUUUACCCGAGGAGGGUACAUAACUAUCAAGGGUAAAAUAGAAAAAUUGCAGGUGGCAAGAAUGAUCACAGUGAAAGACGAAAACGUCCCCAUCUUGGACCUAUCCCUCCGCUGUGGAGACAGGAUAAUUCAAAUCUCAAUGUGGAGGGAUGAGGCCCUAACAGAGCUCCACUUGGGAGAAGAAGUGGAGCUCUCCCACCUUAGGGCUGCUAUUCGACCUGAUGGCCAGUGCAAACUUAAUUCUUCCACCUAUACCCGUGCCCAGGUUGCUGACCUGAGGACCGAAGAGACCGUACGAAUCAUAGCAGUGAAUCCUGGAGAAAACGAGAUGGUCUUGCUUGCAGCAGACUUCACAGAAUACAUCCUGCCCACUGAUGUUUAUAGAGGAACUUGCAGAGAAUUACUGCAAAGGCUUCCACUGCAUACAACAAUUGUACACACACACUCCAAAAUCAUUAGUAUGCAUGGUUUAGGUCAGAAUGAAAUGUAGGUUAAAUAAAAAAAGAUUAGCCUACUUGUUGCAUGCAGUAUUGCAGUAGGGCCUGUUAGUUGUUACCUAUAUUGUUGUUGCUGUUUAAUUGUUUAGUAAUUUGUUUAUUAUUUAUUAAUUAUAUGAUACAGAAAGAGUGGUGAUAAAAUAGCAUAUAAAAUAAUUAAACUAUUUCUUAAUAUGAAUUGAAAAGUAUGAUUGUUUUGAAAUAAAUGCAAAAUUU